CAGCAGAGGAACUGCCGGUUUGGUAUGGAGAUGACUACGCAAGAGAACUUUGCCUUGUCAGACACAAGAACUUGCUCUUCAGACCUAAAUAUAUCAAUGGAGAAGAAAUGUUCCAAUGAUUGUUCUGCAAGACAGUACAAUUGUGAGGUGUGUGGUUAUGCAUGUAACGAGAAUAGUUCCUUGAAGAAACACAUGCUGAUACAUACUGGAGAAAGACCGUACAAGUGUGAGGUGUGUGGUUAUGCAUGUAAGGCGAGUGGUACCUUGAAAAUACACAUGAAGAUUCAUAAUGGAGAGAGACAGUACAAGUGUGAGAUAUGUGGUUGUGCAUUUAACUAUUAUGGUAACUUAAAACAACACAUGGGAAUACAUACAGGAAAAAGACCGUACAAGUGUGAGGUGUGUGGUUAUGCAUGUAACGAGAUUGGUAUCUUGAAGAAACACAUGAUGAUACAUCCAGAGAAACUGAAAUGUGAUUUGUGUGGUUAUGCAUGUAUCCGUAGUAGAGACUUGAAGAUACACAUGAGGAUACAUACAGGACAAAGACCAUACAAGUGUGAGGAAUGUGGUUAUGCAUGUAUCCAUAGUGGUAACUUGAAGACACACAUGAGGAUACAUACAGGAGAAAGAGCGUACAAGUGUAAGGUGUGUGGUGAAGCAUUUAACCAGACUGGUAUCUUAAAAAAACACAUGAGGAUACAUAGAGAGAGACUGCACAUGUGUGAGGUGUGUGGUUAUGCAUGUAUUUGUAGUAGUAGCUUGAAGAAACACAUAAUGAUACAUACAGGAGAAAGACUUUACAAUUGUGAGGUGUGUGGUUAUGCAUGUAAGGCGAGUGGUACCUUGAAGAUACACAUGAGGAUACAUACAGGAGAGAAACCAUACAAGUGUGAGGUGUGUGGUUAUGCAUUUAACCAGAAUAGUAAAUUGAAACAACACAUGAGUAUACAUACUGAUACAGGAGAAAGACCGUACAAGUGUGAGGUGUGUGGUAAUGCAUUUAACACGAAUAGUACCUUGAAACAACACAUGAAGAUACAUACAGGAGAGAGACCUUACAAGUGUGAGGUGUGUGGUUAUGCAUUUAACCAGAAUAGUAAUUUGAAACAACACAUGAGUAUACAUACAGGAGAAAGACGGUACACGUGUGAGGUGUGUGGUUAUGCAUGUAACAAGAGUGAUACCUUGAAACAACACUUGAAGAUACAUACAGGAGAAAGACAGUACAAGUGUGAGAUAUGUGGUUUUGCAUUUACCCAUUGUGGUAACUUGAAAAGACACAUGAGUAUACAUACAGGAGAAAGACAGUACACGUGUGAGGUGUGUGGUUAUGCAUGUAACAAGAGUGAUACCUUGAAUCAACACUUGAAGAUACAUACAGGAGAAAGACAGUACAAGUGUGAGAUAUGUGGUUUUGCAUUUAUCCAUUGUGGUAACUUGAAAAGACACAUGAGUAUACAUACAGGAGAAAGACAGUACAAGUGUGAGAUAUGUGGUUUUGCAUUUAACCUUAAUGGUAACUUGAAAAGACACAUGAAGAUACAUACAGGAGAGAGACGGUAAAAGACUGUACAAGUGAGAUGUGUGUAACUGUGGUAAAGCAUUUAACUGGAGUGGCUUUUCAUGGUAAAUUGUUCAAUCAGUUUGUUUGAGUAUUAAUUUAAGCUCAUUUGAAUUUAAACUAUUUUAUAUCACAAAAUGCACAUGGUGAGCUUUUGUGAUCGCUGUUUUCUGUAAUGUGUUGUUUAUUGUCCGCCGCAAACAUUUACCUUGUUAACACUCUACAGGCAACAUCUGUUUUCCGAAAGUCUUGAAACUUGCUCUGAUGAUAAAUUACAAUGAUAUCAUAGGGGAGUAAGUUUGUAACUGGGUCAUUAGUUCUUAUGAUAUUUUGGGGGAGUUUGUAACUGGGUCAUUAGUUACAAUGAUAUCUUGGCAGAGUUUGUAACUUGGUCAUUAGUGCAUAUGAUAUCUUGGCAGAGUUUGUAACUGGGUCAUUAGUGCAAAUGAUAUCUUGGUAGAGUGUGUAACUCGGUAACUCGAUCAUUAAUUAUAAUGAUAUCUUGGUGGAGUUUGUAACUGGGUCAUUAGUUCCAAUGAUAUCUAUGCAGAGUUUGUAACUGGGUCAUUAGUUUUAAUGAUAUCUUGGUGGAGUUUGUAACUGGGUCAUUCAGUGAUUUUUUUUGCUCAAAUUUACAGCGGCUGCUUCCCAAUCGCAGAAAUACACGUUUUUCCCCAAAAAUCUGACCAAAAUUUCCCAAAAAACGCCCAACUUUUUUUUUAGAAAUAAGUCUCAUAUAACUUAAUUAUGAUUUCUUAAAUCUAGGUCUCAACUUUAUUUUUUAAACAUCUUACAAAAUAUAUAACUUGAAUUUAGUCAUUUUUGUCCAUAAAUCAUUCCCAAACUUGCCACUUUUAUUGAUUAAAAAAAUCCCAAUUUGACCAGACUCCUUUUCUAGGAAACUCCCUGAACAUGCACUUAAAAUCAAUAUCACUUCUGUUACUUAUAAUCCUAUUUAUAAUGCUUAAUUUUUCCCAAUUUCGUGGUUUAUCCCGCUAUUUUUCCCAAUUUCACGGUUUAUCGCGCUAAUUUUCCCAAUUCAAAUGGCACAGGCUGUAACAAAUUAAAGCAAAAAAAAUCACUGUCAUUAGUUCCAAUGAUAUCUUGGCGGUGUUUGUAACUGCAUCAUUAGUUCCAAUGAUAUCUUGGAGGAGUUUAUAACUGGAUCAAUGGUUCAAAUGAUAUAUUGGCGGUGUUUGUAAGUGGGUCAUUUGUUCUUAUGAUAUCUUUGCGUAGUAUGUAACUGGGUCAUAAAGGGUCAAAAACAAAAGUCAUUAGAUCAAAUUGAAGAAAAAGCUUGCUUAUGCUCUCACUCUUGAAGUCACAUUUAUAGGCAAAUCAUCAUGUCUGAGAUCCAAAAUGGCUCCUUUUCAUUUAAAAAACAUGGCCGCCAAGGGGCAGCGCAGUUUUUGUUACAUUGCUGUAGAUAUACCUUGUUUAACUUGAGAAAUCACAUUUUUAGUACACGUACACAUCUGAAUGAAGCUUGUUCAGAAUAUUUGCUCCGGUGAUGUCUUGCGGAGCUUGAAAAUGGUUCUGGUCUGUUGAAAAACAUGGCCGCAAGGUGUUGGGGUUGAUUCCCCAAUAUGGCAGCUAUAUACAAUUUCAGAAUCGAUAAAUUUCGUGACUGCCGCCAUAUUUGCUAUCACGUGACCUGCUGCCAUUGAAUAAUCUGGUAGACUACAUUUUUCAAAAAUCUCACAAUAAACAAAAAUUGGAGGCAUUAAUGAGUUAUAUGUCACAUCUUUGAACAAUAAAUGUUAGAUUUCUAAUAUAUGUGACCAUACAACAAUAUUCAGUGACAAUAUGUUUAAGGCCGAAAUAGCUGGGGGUUUAAGUACUCCUUUCAGUUAUGCCUUGGCUUAAAACACAAUUUUUUUUAAUGUAAUUAUUGGACUAUAAGUUUCAAGCUUUACGUUUUAUCAGCAUCUAAAGUCUAAAGUAAACUUCGUGAUUUUUAGCGUUUAUAGUUCCGGGGAUAUUAUUAAGCGAAACUUUGAGAGAUUUAUUUCCGAGGUACACAAUAUAAUUGAAAAUCAGAUGUCUGCCUUUGUGUAAAAUUUCUGUAUGAAAACUAAUUACGGAGAUACACAGUCACACAUUAAGAAUAUUUAUAAGAUUCAAUAAGAUUUUAUUAGAUUCAGACUUUGUUUCAUGUAUAAUACAUACCUUUUUUUCGUAACAUUUAUUAUUUCGUUAUGAAUAUCACUUAUUUAAGUCUCAAUGUUAAAGGCAAUUCAUAAAUCUAUAACUGGAAUAAUGUUUUUGACUUAAAUUGGUCCCAAAAUAUUUAUAAGCGAACUCAGUAUGUAUUUGGGUAUAUGCUCACUUUUUCACUCAAAAGUAUCUGGUUGAGUCAAAACUUCAGUGUUUUUUAAUUAAUUAUUUAAAUUAUUUUAAUUAUUUAAAAUUCGCUUUCAAGCUAAAACAAAAACUGUACUGAUUAAUUGCUUAUUAUGUUUUAUUGAUAAAAUAUAAAUUUACAAUUAAAGUGUAAAGAUGUCACAUACAUGUAUAUGGAGCCUUAAGUCAAUAUAAAUAGUUCCAAUAAUUCGAUACAUUCCAUAAACUGU